AGGCUCCAGGCAAUCACUCGUGCAGGCCAUCUUGUUUUGGGCCUUGGCUCCAGCAUCUGUGAGGCCCGCGCCUGGCCGAGGCCGGAGGCUGCAGAGUCUACGCAAAGACCGCAGCCUUGCGCACGACUCAAGCCUGCAGGCCCCGGAUUUCUAAACCCCGCCGCGUUGCCAUAGCGACCGCCGGCGAACGUUCUCGCGGCGGGCCUCGCCCCCCGGCCAAUCCGACCGGCGCUCUCCUGAGCACAGAUUCUCUUUGUUCCGCAGCCAUUUCAGGCCCGGGACUGGAGGCUGCACCGCUUCGGCAGGAGGUCCGAGCACCGGAGGCGUCUGGGAUGGUGUGGGAUCGGCAAACCAAGAUGGAGUAUGAGUGGAAACCUGACGAGCAAGGGCUUCAGCAAAUCCUGCAGCUGCUGAAGGAGUCUCAGUCCCCGGACACCACCAUUCAGAGGACCGUGCAACAAAAACUGGAACAGCUCAAUCAGUAUCCGGAUUUUAACAACUAUUUGAUUUUUGUUCUUACAAAAUUAAAAUCUGAAGAUGAACCCACAAGAUCAUUGAGUGGUCUCAUCUUGAAGAAUAAUGUGAAAGCACAUUUUCAGAACUUCCCAAAUGGUGUAACGGACUUUAUUAAGAGUGAAUGUUUAAAUAAUAUCGGUGACUCCUCUCCCCUGAUCAGAGCCACUGUAGGUAUUUUGAUUACCACCAUAGCUUCUAAGGGAGAAUUGCAAAAUUGGCCUGACCUCUUGCCAAAACUCUGUAGCCUGUUGGAUUCUGAAGAUUACAACACCUGUGAGGGAGCAUUUGGUGCCCUUCAGAAAAUAUGUGAAGAUUCUGCUGAGAUUUUAGAUAGUGAUGUUUUAGAUCGCCCUCUCAACAUCAUGAUUCCCAAAUUUUUACAAUUCUUCAAGCACAGUAGCCCCAAAAUAAGGUCUCAUGCUGUUGCAUGUGUCAAUCAGUUUAUCAUCAGCAGGACUCAAGCCCUGAUGAUGCAUAUUGAUUCUUUUAUUGAGAAUCUUUUUGCAUUGGCUGGUGAUGAAGAACCAGAGGUACGGAAAAAUGUGUGCCGAGCACUUGUGAUGUUGCUUGAAGUUCGAAUGGAUCGCCUGCUUCCUCACAUGCAUAAUAUAGUUGAGUACAUGCUGCAGAGGACCCAAGAUCAAGAUGAAAAUGUGGCUCUAGAAGCUUGUGAAUUUUGGCUCACUUUGGCUGAGCAACCAAUAUGCAAAGAUGUGCUUGUGAGGCAUCUUCCUAAGUUGAUUCCUGUGUUAGUGAAUGGAAUGAAGUACUCAGAUAUAGAUAUUAUCCUGCUUAAGGGUGAUGUCGAAGAGGAUGAAACAAUUCCUGAUAGUGAACAAGAUAUAAGGCCACGUUUUCAUCGAUCAAGGACAGUGGCUCAGCAGCAUGAUGAAGAUGGAAUUGAAGAGGAAGAUGAUGACGAUGAUGAAAUUGAUGAUGAUGAUACAAUUUCUGACUGGAAUCUAAGAAAAUGUUCUGCUGCUGCCCUAGAUGUUCUUGCAAAUGUUUAUCGUGAUGAGCUAUUGCCACAUAUUUUGCCCCUUUUGAAAGAAUUACUUUUCCAUCAUGAAUGGGUUGUUAAAGAAUCGGGCAUCUUGGUUUUAGGAGCAAUUGCUGAAGGUUGCAUGCAGGGUAUGAUUCCAUACCUGCCUGAGCUCAUUCCUCACCUUAUUCAGUGCCUCUCCGAUAAAAAGGCUCUUGUUCGUUCCAUAACAUGCUGGACUCUUAGUCGCUAUGCACACUGGGUAGUCAGCCAACCACCGGACACAUACCUAAAGCCAUUAAUGACAGAGUUGCUAAAGCGUAUCCUGGAUAGCAACAAGAGAGUACAAGAAGCUGCCUGCAGUGCCUUUGCUACCCUGGAGGAGGAGGCUUGUACAGAACUUGUUCCUUAUCUUGCAUAUAUACUUGAUACCCUGGUCUUUGCAUUUAGUAAAUACCAACAUAAGAACCUGCUCAUUCUUUAUGAUGCCAUAGGAACAUUAGCAGAUUCAGUAGGACAUCAUUUAAACAAACCAGAAUAUAUUCAGAUGCUAAUGCCUCCACUGAUCCAGAAAUGGAACAUGUUAAAGGAUGAAGAUAAAGAUCUCUUCCCUUUACUUGAGUGCCUAUCUUCAGUUGCCACAGCCCUUCAGUCUGGCUUCCUUCCAUACUGUGAACCUGUAUAUCAGCGUUGUGUGAACCUAGUACAGAAGACUCUUGCACAAGCUAUGCUGAACAAUGCUCAACCAGAUCAAUAUGAGGCUCCAGAUAAAGAUUUUAUGAUUGUCGCUCUUGAUUUACUCAGUGGUCUGGCUGAAGGACUUGGAGGCAAUAUUGAACAGCUAGUAGCCCGAAGUAACAUCCUAACACUAAUGUAUCAGUGCAUGCAGGAUAAAAUGCCAGAAGUCCGACAGAGUUCAUUUGCACUAUUAGGUGACCUGACUAAAGCUUGCUUUCAGCAUGUUAAGCCUUUUAUAGCUGAUUUUAUGCCAAUAUUGGGAACCAAUCUAAAUCCAGAGUUCAUUUCAGUUUGCAACAAUGCCACAUGGGCAAUUGGAGAAAUUUCCAUUCAGAUGGGUAUAGAGAUGCAGCCUUAUAUUCCUAUGGUGUUGCACCAGCUUGUAGAAAUCAUUAACAGACCCAACGCACCAAAGACGUUGUUAGAGAAUACAGCAAUAACAAUUGGUCGUCUUGGUUACGUUUGUCCUCAAGAGGUGGCCCCCAUGCUACAGCAGUUUAUAAGACCCUGGUGCACCUCUCUGAGAAACAUAAGAGACAAUGAGGAAAAGGAUUCAGCAUUCCGUGGGAUUUGUACCAUGAUCAGUGUGAAUCCCAGUGGCGUAAUCCAAGAUUUUAUAUUUUUUUGUGAUGCUGUUGCAUCAUGGAUUAACCCAAAAGAUGAUCUCAGAGACAUGUUCUGUAAGAUCCUUCAUGGAUUUAAAAAUCAAGUCGGGGAUGAAAAUUGGAGGCGUUUCUCUGACCAGUUUCCUCUUCCCUUAAAAGAGCGUCUUGCAGCUUUUUAUGGUGUGUAAUCUAAUACACUUAGGCUGCAGUCCCAAAAUUAGGGGUCCUCCGGUCUUGGAGACUAUGAGGGAGCCUCUGUACCCAGGGAAAAUGUUACCCUUGACAGGGGGGAAGGGUAAACCAGUAGGGAAUACAGUACAAUCCCAACCCUACUGGGAGGGGCGGGAGGGAGGUGUUGCCGUCACUGUAUUAAGUCGAUGUUGGGAAUCGUUUUAACAUCUGGAGCCUUUGUGGGUGGAAAUCUGUCUCCAGUUACAACUCUGCACUGGAUGUGAAGAAGCAAAAAAACAAAAAUAUAUAUAUAUAUAUAUAUAUCUAUUCGGUCUUUUCACAAAACAGUACAUCCUGGAAUAUUACGGGAAAAUUGUACCAAAACAAGAACCAUAUAAAUGAUGCAUAGGGAAAAGAAAGAGGAAAAAUUCUGUAGCGCACAAUAAAAGGAACCUGAGAAUGGGGGUUACAUACGGUAAAGAAACUUUUUAAUUUAAAGGUUUUUAUAUAAAUGUUCCCACGUUAUGAGGUUGUGUUUUGCAUGCUGAUAAAGAACAAAGCUAAUAAAGUUAAAAUCAGCUUGCCUUCCCAUAGUAGAAGCAGGUUCUUAGAAAUUACAAUUUAAAGUAUCCCCGGAAAAUGUUGGAAAUAAAACAAAACAAAUUUGAACAAUGAAGUACCCUGCGAAAUGCCAAAUGAGUCACUCCUUUUACCUGUGUGGGGUGGGCAGGGAGGGAGGUAUAGGUGGGGUUGGUCAUAUCAAACUAAAGUUGACAUCUUAAUUUUACAUUAAACAUUAGUGGAUAUAAUUUGAUGGUUGUACUUCAUUAAAUUUAAUUUCUAGGCCAAUGCAUUGUUUUAAAGUGCAGUUUAAGGUUCAGGCAUGCAUUCUGGCUCAUAGUGAUUGAAAGUAAUUUAAAUUAGUGGGAAAGUAGCAUGCUUGCAUCACAUAGAGUGAGGUUGGUAUUCAUUUACCUAUGUUGCGCCAGUUUGUCUUGCAGUUUACCAAUUCAAUUAGCCCUGCAUUUAAAAUUUCUUUAAGAUUUGUGGAUUUUAUUUUUAUUAAGAAUAUAGGUAUAUAAAGUACUGUAGUUUACAGCUAGGCCUUGAAAUACCAUUUUAGGAUCUGUUAGGAAUAAGAUUGAUAUUGUAUUGUGUGUAACCUGCACAAUGUGGAAAGCUGAUAUACCUGUGCAAAAUCUGCCUCUGUGCUGUCAGUGUGAUGUGCUUUCUGCAUGGUUAUAUACUACUAGUGAUUUUAUCAAAACUUCUCAAAUUUAAAUUACAUGAUAAAUGAUCUGUAAAAGGCUGCACAAUUGUUAGUUGGCACCUAAGGACAAUUGUAGAGGUUGAAAAAUGAUUGCUAUAAUUCAUUGUUUAUUCCCACUCAACAUUGCCUUCUAAGCUUUCUUUCUUUUGUUGUUUUGUUUUGUUUUGUUCAAAGCAUGAUCUUAAAGAUGUUUAAGUUAAUGGAUGUAAUGCAGGGUUCCUACACUGUAUUGGCGCAUGUUGGUGGCCCUCUGUGCCCUAAAGAUAAUGCACACGGGGUGCAAGUUAAAAGCUACAGAGUGAAAGUUGGUUUGGAUCCUCUUCAUUUCAUUUGUUUAGCUUUUCUGUUGUUUUUCUCUACUUACAUGUAUUCCUGUGAAUAAAUCCUGUUAAGUUAAUCCUUUACUUUUCCUUUCAUGUGUAGUUUCUUAUAUACUGUGAAUGUGAAAACCUAACUGGUACACUUGAUCCUUUGUCCAUAUGAAAGUGCAAGUCUUUAUUAAUUUGGAUUGCCUGAACAGUGUGUAUCCCAUGAUGAUGAAGGAAAAUGGAGAGAUUUUUCUUUUUAACUCUGCUGGUCAGAGAUGAAGCCACGCCUUUCCAUUUUUCAAUGCUGCAUAUUUAAUCUGCAACAGAAAAUGUUAAGCCAUAACAACCUUUUUAUAUUUUAGUUUGUCACCUUUGCAUUGCAGAAUAAAUACUGAAUAACCAUUUUUAUAAGCAGUUGCUCCUCUUUGCAUGGUUCUAUUCUCUAAAAAGUAUUGAAUGAUACAGCCAUUGCACUGACAUUUGAGCUGUAUGUGACUUUAUGAAUACCUUUUCAAAAAAUUUCAGAUGCAUGGUAGCAUGCAGAAAGGUUUUUGUUACUGUGCGUUUUUUUUAACAUGUUCUUUCACCUUUUCUCUACUUUGGCUUUGCAAAUUUCACUCUUUUGAGCCUGAAAUUAAUCUUACAAUGCCCGAUUUUUUAAGAAUUACUACAAGUUAGAUUCAAAUAUAUAUGGCAUUGUGCUUUCUAGUUCAGUUUUAUUGGGAGCUCAGAAUUUGCUUCCUGGUUAAUCUAAAACCUGAGUAGGAUAAUUAUUUUGUCCUUAACUAUAGUGAUACCUUUUAGAAUUUAAUAUGGGUAACUUUAAUAUUCUGGAAUAGGAGAGUAAAUAUCUUUUAAGAGAUGGCUAAAUUCCUCUCUAAAUUCAGUAAAAGAAGUACAUAAAAACCGUCAAUAAAUUUAUCUUAACCUCUGAUUAACAAUUCUGUAUUUAUGAUAAAAGGCGAUAUUAAAAAUUAAUAUUUUACUUGGUUAAAAAUUAGUUUCCAGUUAGGCAAGUGGGUAGCAUCAUAAUGUGCCCAUUUUGUAGUCUCUCGGCCUGUUUCUAUAUUUAAAGAAAUUUUAGUUUUAAAAUAGAAAAUAAAAUUAAGUGACUAUAACUAGCAACCUGAUAAUGGGUUAAACUUUUAUUUUGUGUUUUUCCCAUUGAGAUUGUUGUUUCUUCUUGACUUAUACUAUGUUUCAGAUAAUGUAGUAUAGCACAGGAAUUUGCAGAAGCCAUUUAAGUUAUCUUUUGAGGUAAGCUCUAAUUUAGCAUUUAUUCU